CUCGGCUGCAGCCCGCUCCCAGCCCUACCGAGCCCGCCGCAGCAUGUCAGCGGGAGGAGCGGCCCCAGCCCGCCCCCGGCUCCCGGGAUCCCUGCGCCCUUAGCCCCCGCCCAGCCGCUGCGCAGCGCGAGGAGGAAAUUCCCUGGCCGCCGCCGCCGAGCGGGGAGAGCAGGUGCGGGGGACACGGCGCGGAGCCCUGCGGUCUCCCUUUGUCCUGGCAGCUGGGCUGCGCGGGCGGGGCGAGAUACCCCCCCCCCCACCCCCUGCUCCUGCCAGCGAGCCGGGCCGGGCUUGUUCCGUGCUAGCUGCUGCCGGCGCUGCUCCGCUGCUUCCCGAGCUGGAGCCGUGGGAGAGUCCGGAGGCCGCUGCGCCCAGGGACACGGCGGGCCCGAGCCCCCAGGCAGCGCCCCCAGCUCGGAUCGGCCCCCGGGGGCAGCUCGCCAAGGCGGGUGUGGACACGAAGUGCCGGUGGCCGGCUGGCUCCGCGGAAGCCGGGACACAGGGGCUGGGCGUGUGCGCGCUGCGGGGGCGGCUCCGCUCCCCGAGCCGGGGCCAGCAGCACCGAGGUGCCGCGGCUGAAGCCCGCCGGGGGAGGCGCGAGGAGCCAGGGCCGGGGGCAGAGCCGCCCCCUGCGGCUUCCCGGCUUUAGGGCCCCGCGGGGCAGCCCCGCUUGGAGAGGGGCCCGGCCCUGGGGCGCCAUGGCCUGCAGCCUGAAAGACGAGCUGCUCUGCUCCAUCUGCCUGAGCAUCUACCAGGACCCGGUGAGCUUCGGCUGCGAGCACUACUUCUGCCGGAAAUGCAUCACGGAGCACUGGGUCCGGCAGGAGCAGCAGGGCGCCCGCGACUGCCCCGAGUGCCGCCGCACCUUCGCCGAGCCCACGCUGGCGCCGAGCCUCAAGCUCGCCAACAUCGUGGAGCGCUACGCGGCCUUCCCGCUGGACGCCAUCCUGAGCGCGCGGCGCAGCCCCGCGCCCUGCAAGGACCACGAGAAGGUGAAGCUCUUCUGCCUCACGGACCGCGCCGUGGUCUGCUUCUUCUGCGACGAGCCCGCCGUGCACGAGCAGCACCAGGUCACCAACGUGGACGACGCCUUCGAGGAGCUGCAGAGAGAACUGAAGGAGCAGCUCCAGGCGCUGCAGGACAGCGAGCGCGGCCACGCUGAUGCCCUGCACCUGCUCAGACGCCAGCUAGCCGAGACCAAGUCCUCUGCCAAGAGCCUGCGGGCCACCAUCGGGGAGGCCUUUGAGCGGCUGCACCGGCUCCUGCGCGAGCGCCAGAAGGCCAUGCUGGAGGAGCUGGAGGCUGACACCGCCAGGACUCUGACUGACAUCGAGCAGAAGAUCCAGCGCUACAGCCAGCAGCUGCGCAAAGUGCAGGAGGGCAGCCAGAUCCUGCAGGAGCGGCUGGCUGAGGUGGACAGGCACGCCUUCCUGGCAGGCAUCGCCUCGCUCUCGGAGAGGCUCAAGGGAAAGAUCCAUGAAACGAACCUCACCUAUGAAGACUUUCCUACCUCCAAAUACAUGGGCCCCCUGCAGUACACGAUCUGGAAAUCGCUCUUCCAGGACAUCCAUCCGGUGCCAGCAGCCCUCACGCUGGACCCUGUCACAGCUCACCAGCGCCUCAUCCUCUCGGAUGACUGCACCAUCGUGGCCUACGGCAACUUGCACCCGCAGCCGCUGCAGGAUUCACCCAAGCGCUUUGACGUGGAGGUGUCGGUGCUGGGCUCAGAGGCCUUCGGCAGUGGCGUGCACUACUGGGAGGUCAUCGUCUCAGAGAAGACCCAGUGGAUGAUCGGGCUGGCGCAUGAGGCUGUCACCCGCAAGGGGAGCAUUCAGAUCCAGCCCAGCCGCGGCUUUUACUGCAUCGUCAUGCACGACGGCAACCAGUACAGCGCCUGCACCGAGCCCUGGACCCGGCUCAACGUUAAGAGCAAGCUGGAGAAAGUAGGUGUCUUCUUGGACUAUGACAAAGGGCUCCUGAUCUUCUACAACGCUGAUGACAUGUCGUGGUUGUACACCUUCCGGGAGAAGUUCCCAGGCAAGCUCUGCUCGUACUUUAGUCCUGGCCAGAGCCAUGCCAAUGGCAAGAACGUGCAGCCGCUCCGCAUAAACACCGUCCGGAUCUAGGAGGGAGCAGGGAAGGGAGCCUGGAGCUGUACUGCCUCCUCCUGGCCGGCAGGCUGAGUCGAGAGUCCCUGCUGAGUCAGUUCCCACCUGCGGGGCAUGGGGAGAUUGUCAAGCUCCGGGGCUGUGCCGUUCCUAGCUCUGGCCUCCUGGCAGUAUACGCGGUUGGGAGGGUGCAGGGCUGGGGCAGGGGGGUUGUGGGGAUGGAGGGAGGCUGUGGAACUGUUGGUAUAUCAGUGUGUGAGGAUGCAGCAUUCCUGCCUCCCAGUCGGCGUCAGUUUCCAGACUAACCCAAGGAUCCAGGCUGAGUGUGGACAUACAGCUGGCUAACCAUGCCAUGAUCCCGGCAUCGCCAUGGCCACUCUGCCAGGAUGGAUGCAGACUGGACCCUGUGCUGUUGGAGCUUCCUGCUGGCAUGGAGCAGAGAUCAGGGCACCUUGCAGAGCUGCUGCUGAACUGCUGUGUGGGAUCUCAGCUCACCUGUGAACUCCCAGCUGGGUUUGCUCCUGAGGACAGAGCAUGAACCAUCCUCCACAGGGCUAGUGCCCUGGCAGCAUCUGCUCUUAGUAUGGGUUACAUUGGCAUUCAGGGGCCCAAGGGUCAUUAAUGAUCUGGAGGAUGGCGGUGACUGCACCCUCAGCAAGUUUGCAGAUGACACUAAACUGGGAGGAGUGGUAGAUACGCUGGAGGGUAGGGAUAGGAUACAGAGGGACCUAGACAAA